GGAAAAGUCCCUGAACUUGGUAGAUGCCUAUGCAGUCUGUCCUACUCCUUGUGCCCUCAUCUGGACCUUAUUAUGGUAGCUGUUCAGACACUGAAGGAUGCCAGCGACAACGCCCGCAAGGACUUCCACCGCGAGGCAGAGCUUUUAACUAAUCUGCAACAUGAGCACAUUGUCAAGUUCUACGGUGUCUGUGUCGAGGGUGAUCCACUCAUCAUGGUCUUUGAGUAUAUGAAGCACGGAGAUCUUAACAAAUUCCUCAGGGCACAUGGACCAGAUGCAGUACUGAUGGCAGAAGGCAACCGUCCUGCUGAGCUGACCCAAUCCCAGAUGCUUCACAUUGCCCAGCAGAUUGCAGCUGGUAUGGUUUACCUGGCGUCACAGCACUUCGUGCAUCGGGAUCUUGCUACCCGGAAUUGCCUGGUUGGUGAGAACCUCCUGGUGAAGAUCGGGGAUUUUGGAAUGUCUAGAGAUGUGUACAGCACAGACUACUAUAGAGUUGGGGGUCACACCAUGCUGCCCAUUCGUUGGAUGCCUCCAGAGAGUAUCAUGUACAGGAAGUUCACAACAGAAAGUGAUGUCUGGAGCCUGGGGGUUGUAUUAUGGGAGAUAUUUACCUAUGGCAAACAGCCAUGGUAUCAGCUCUCAAACAACGAGGUGAUUGAGUGCAUCACUCAGGGUCGAGUCCUGCAGCGACCUCGCACAUGCCCCAAGGAAGUAUACGAUUUGAUGCUGGGCUGUUGGCAGCGAGAGCCUCACAUGAGGCUUAACAUCAAAGAAAUCCAUUCCCUUCUCCAGAACUUGGCCAAGGCGUCUCCAGUCUACUUGGAUAUUUUAGGCUAAAGUCUGCUAGCAUUUCUUCUUAUGGGCUGCGGGAAUGAAUGUGUUCAACUGCCGCUGAACUCCAUUAAAAUAUGUUCUUAACUUGGACAGUAUUAAUGACAAAAUUGCGGAGAAGCUUUCAAAGGGCAAGCAAUGUACACUUCUCCAUCUGUAGACACAGUAUUGACUUUUAGACGUUACCGAGACCUAUCUCCUCCCUCUCUCUUUCUUUCUAUUUCUAUCAUUUUUUCUUCUCUCCUGUCUUUCUAAUCAAUUUGGCUUCUGCAUUAUUGUAACUCUGCAUAGACAAAGGCCUUAAAAACCUGAUCUGUUAUAUCAGCAGACUUUUCAGUUUGCCCACCACAACUAACAAUGCCUUGUUGUAUUCAUGCCUUUGAUGUGGAUGAAAAAAA